AUGUUUUGUUCACGAGCAGCUGCUGCAGUAGUCAACAAGUUCACAACUGCAUGGGAUUGUGGUUUUCGUCACGCAAGGUACAAGCCAAUAUUCACCCUUUCCACUGGACAUGAAAACGUUACAAAUGGACAUGGUUUUAGCUCGAGAUUAUUGUCAACAACUCGAAAGUAUCAAAGCUUGCUUCAAGUCCGGGGUUUACCGUGUCGGCGUCGGGGUUCACCUACCGAACGACGGCUCUGCACGACCCAUGGGCUGUUGAAGAAAGAUGGCGACAAGACCACGGGAAGACUGCCGCCGGGUGACCCACCGAAAACAGACCAACCGACAAGUAUCUUGCCCGGACAUGAUGACCAGAAACCCAUGGUGUUUAGUCCAGCAAACGUUCAAGUCUUUGCAGACCCAACAAUGGCACAGACUGUCCGAGAUGUUUCAGUGGACAUACAAAAGCUCAAAGGACACAUUCAGUUCAUGAAGGAAGAAUUCUUAGACACCUCUUUUGAGGUCCUCAAACUCUCUCAAGGAAGAGCGUCAAUAAUUGCAGCUCUGAAAGAAUCCAGAAACCUCAGCCGUGACAAUCAAGCCGCUAUAACCUCACUCAAGACGGAACAAAAGAAGUUUGAUCAACUCAUCGUCUACAUCAGUAAGAUGGUGGCAAGACAUGAGAACCAUCUCAAUGACGCCAAGACUAACAACAUCAAGAAAAUUGACAGCCUCUCACAGAGUGUGGAUCAUUGCAAUGUGAGUGUCAGACAGUUAAAGACGGCUUUUCAUAAUCAGCUUCAAGUGGAGCUGAAGAAAGCGGUGACUGACGUCAAGAAACUACACAAUGACUUGAGUAAGCUUCAGCUGGAGGUGAGAUUCAGAGGGAGGGAAAUUGCUGAGCUCAAGAGCAAAACCCCUGCGGCACUUUCCAGCCUCGACAAACAACACAAAGAAACUUGAAUUUGUAAAAUUAAUAAAGUGGGUCUUUGAUAUUAUCCCAAUAUUAUCCAGUAAAUACUUUCAAAGAAACCUCACAUGAACUUGUCUUGUACAGACCAAAGUACAUUAAGAAUUGACUUCCUUUUUGUUUUUAAUUUUUCAAUUUGUUGUGUCAGUUUUGGGAGUAGAUGUAGUAAAUUAAAGAAUGUCCUAAUAAAAUUAAACCAAAAAACAAUUGCUCAAUAAAAACCACAAA